AUUCCUCUUUCGGAACCCAUUAUGCGAGCAUUUGUAGCAGUUGCCGAGCAUGCGGAAGAUCCGUUUCGACCCGUUUGUGUACAAACUCUUGCUGAAAUGGUUCUCAUCGACAUUGAUCUCGUGGCGCGAUCUGGAGGCAUCCGAUUCCUUUUGCAUGCCCUAGGUGAAGGCCCAGUCGAAGUCGGGCCAAUAUUGGCAGCCACAUUCUUGCACAUCAUCGACUCUUCUCGUACUCAUGCAUACCUGGAUCUUGGAACUGACUUGGAG